AUGAGCGGCCUCCCACGGAUAAAGCUCCUCCAAGCAGAGGUCGAUGGCAAGGACGAAAGUUUUUUCCGUCUUCUAAUUAAUGGCCAUACCGUCAAGUAUGUCACUAUCGAAGCUGGCCUAUAUCCUGUCGAAGACAUGUGUUUUGGCCCAUCGCUAGUCUCUCUGAUGCCAGCCUUACCUCCCGGCGACUGGAACGAUGGGCUGAUAGCCAAAGACCCCAAGACCGGUGAACCUUACUUUGCGCGUGCUACCGAGACUCAAUACCCCGGCGUAAAGCACCAAUGGCACAAAACAUAUGUCGAUUAUCAGGACAUCGUGGUAGGACAACGCGUGCAUACAGGCAUCUACGAAGUCACAUGCCAACAGUUCGAUACCCCUGUCAUUGCCAAAUUCGCCCGAUUUGAGUGGGAAAUCCAGUAUAUGGAGAACGAGACCACGGCCUAUGAAUGGAUAGACGGGCAUGCAAUCGGCCCACGGUUUCUGGGCCACUUGACCGAACACGGAAGGGUGAUUGGAUUUCUCGUGGAGCGCAUCACUGAUGCGCGGCAUGCCGAUGCAAGCGAUCUUACAAUCUGCCAGCAGACCCUAGGCCGACUGCAUCAGUUAGGUUUCCGCCAUGGUGAUACGAAUCGGUUCAAUUUUCUUGUUCGUGGAUCAGACGCUGUGUUGAUUGAUUUUGACACUGCGCGGAAAUGCGACGACAAGGAUGCGCUCCGUGACGAACUCGAGGGCCUGUCGGAGUGUUUAAAGGAUGAAUCCAUGAGGGGAGGUGGUGGAUAUCUUCCUUUGUCUGGUUGA